AUGAGUGGUGUCCACGAAUCGGACGGAUUAUCAGAAACCGGCUCAGUCAUUUCGUCUCUUUCAUCUCUAAUGUCUGUCGGCCGCCCACGUAGACGACGGGAAUUCGAAGCCGGUGAUAUAAACGCCAACCAGUCCAACUCUGAUGCUGCUCUGCAGGAAUGCGUGUCGGUGACGGACAAGUUCAAAAGCCGCAUGUAUUUCAUUUGA